UCUUCUGUCCAGGCGGUGUUGGUGUUGGUGGGGAGGGAGCUGGAAGAAGGCAGAGCCUUGUCGCAGAAGGUGGAGUGCAGGUUACAGACAGUCCAAACGAACCGGGGUUCGGGGCUUUUGGUCCUUUUCGGCCCGGGGGACCGACAUCACAGACGAGCCAUACCCCGGCCGGAGGAGCCGCUAGGAGGGACACCGAGAGGGAAGAGGAGGAGGAAAACAAGAGGCCGCAGCAGCCAUGGCAGACGCGGAGCUGGACUUCCAGACAGGCGAUGCCGGGGCAUCGGCCACCUACCCCAUGCAGUGCUCCGCCCUGCGCAAAAACGGUUUCGUUGUGCUCAAAGGUCGACCCUGCAAGAUCGUGGAGAUGUCCACCUCCAAGACCGGAAAGCACGGCCACGCCAAGGUUCACCUGGUUGGGAUCGAUAUCUUCUCCGGCAAGAAGUAUGAAGACAUUUGUCCCUCCACUCACAACAUGGACGUCCCCAACAUCAAGAGGAUGGAUUACCAGCUGAUCGGGAUCCAGGACGGGUAUCUGUCCCUGCUCCAGGACAGUGGUGAGGUCAGAGAGGACCUGAAGAUUCCUGAAGGAGACCUGGGGAAAGAAAUCGAGAGCCGGAACGAAGCCGGAGAGGAGAUCCUGAUCACCGUUCUGAACGCCAUGGAGGAAGAGUACGCAGUCAGCAUCAAAGCUUUGGGGAAAUGAGCCGCUGCAGGUAAAUACAGACCGGCAGGACCCUCGCACCGCAACCCGGACCUGCCUGAACAAGAGACUGUGGUUUCCUAUCACUUCAAAGCGUUGCUAAUUACAUGUAUGCAUAUCUGCUGCUCGGGAAGGAUCUGAGUGUGUACUAUUAUACUUUAUGUACAUAAAUGUUUGAACUGAACUUCCUAGAUUUACCACUGACUGCAAAAGUAUUCACCCCCUUGGUAAUCUGUCGGUUUUGUUGCCUCACUGGGCUUUAGUGAAGCUUUUAUCCAAGGUUCUUUAUUGUCACUCACAUCACAUGUGGUACAUGAGGUGGAACGAAAUUGUGAACUCACGAUCCCAGUUACACUCAAAAAUAGCAAUAAUUUAAAGUAUUACAAAAGAAACAGUGUACAAAGAUCUAAGAUUUACGGUAAACACUAACAAUGUAAUAUAAUACGGUGUAUUAAACAGCAGCCUGUUCAUGAGUCUGUUGUGAGCAGAUGGGUAU